CAAUGGUAGAGACUAACAGUACCAUGUUUACAUAUCCCGCUAGCUAUUGAAUGACUCAUCUUUCCUCGGCUUUUUCACACCAACAGCGAUCAUUCUCAUAAAUUUUUCUUACUCUACUGCCAAUUGUAAUCGCCUUCCUCAAUCAAUCUUGUUGUUUCGCCACUUGCAAAAUUUUGGUAAACAUCCAACAGAUACAGAAGAGAUAGCCAGAAACUAAGAAACAACAGAAAUAACAGAAAUAACAGUUCCUAAUAAAGUUGAUCUUCUGAGAAACUAGUAACGAACAAAAUGAUGUUGCCUCAAACUCGAGCAUUCCUUCUAAGGAAUCUUACAGGUGACGAGACCUCUGUGCAGGUUCCUCUCCGCAAAAAGCAGAAAACUGUCGAGAAGGCCACGACGAAGAGGGAAGUGCAAGCGUAUGAGGUACUGAAGUAAUCGAAAACUUGAAAUAUCCGAGUUAAUGACUGAAAUAAGGCAGGUAGCUUAAGGCUAUCCCUCCUUCAGAAUUCUCCGUUAUUCUAAGUAGUUACUCGCUUAUUUCAGUUUUUCGCGUACUCAAUAGCAAUACUCAUCUUGUACACAAUACUUGACAUGUGAUGAUGACGACGAUGAUGAAAAUAGUGGACACACACUAUCAAAUAGGUAGGCUAGGAUUGAGAUUAGUACACCACCAACAGGUUUCCGCUCUGGAUGUGAGAAAGGCAUUGGCGAAAACAAUUGCCACGCCGUGGCCGUUUCUGAAGCUAUACGGAAAACGCUGGAAAGGUGGACUAAAUACAGGCACAGGAGAAAGAAGAUCGACUAAAUACGAGGAGAAGGAAGAUCGACUAAAUACAUUAAGGCUCAACUUUCACUGGUCAUUGAGGUUGGUCACUGAGAUCGACGAGCGGACCCGUGGAGAGAACGGGGGAAAAUGAAGGGAAAAGGGGGGGCUUUCAAGGUGGUCUCUUCCGUUCCGCAUCAGUGACCACGGACUGCUAGCCUUUAAAUUGAAGCACAGACUCUACUUUGAGUUUGAGCACGUCGCCAGCAUCCGACGGCUCAAAAACUCCGACCACCACAACUACGUCUCCGGCAACUCCAAAAACCGACCUUGAGAAUGAGGAAGAAGUGCAGGAGCUGAGAAAUGGCGACUGCGUUUUUGUUGUGGAACCAGGUACUACGGAGGACGAGACGGAUCUCGAGGACGGCGCGCACCACAAGCGUGACAAUGUCGAUUUUAUGGAUGUACAAACAGAAUGUGAACGAGUAAAAUGAAAAUAGAAGUAUAUUGUCAUUCUUCUAUAAUCAAUGAAUGCUCGUCGUGUUGUAAUCAACAUGUUGUAAGCAAUAAAUUUUAUCACUCGUAGUUCCUGUUGGCAAAGUUCUCGUCUAUCCAGUGAAUAGGGACCCAGGGAGCGAGCAUGUUGAUGCAUCGAACUUACUAUGCUCUUAGAUUUUGUGGCUCCCUGGGCCAUAUAAUUAUGUUCAAAGUGGUAGAAGAUUUGUCCAGUAAACUUACCCGUAGCUGCUCCUCUCUCCGUCUGAGUUUUUUCAUGGUGUUGGAGCUUUCGUACGCUGUGCUCGACGUCGAUGCUGCCGAAAUCAAAGCAAAAAUCGAGGAAAUUCGAGAGGAGUGCUUCGCCAAGGAUGGCUGGUGGUGUGUUAGCUCUCUAAUGGGCGAUGAGGAGGCUUGUGUCAUCAUGGCGGAAAGUGGGUUGCUAUUUCAGGAAGGAAUAUCUUUUUUUGACCCCUGGGGGGCUAGACGUCGCCAUAUAAAUCAAGGCUCGUUGGUUUUAUUCUAUAGCAUUUUCAACGGUGACGCGUCUGCCUCUUCGUUUGCAAAGAAUCAAUUGGCGCAGAGCAUCGCAGGCGCGAAGAUGCCGCUGCCCCGGUUCUCGAUCACGAGGGCACUUCCAGCAGACUUGCGCGGAAUGCUGACACUAAAAAGUUGGAAUGGUAAUCAGGCUAUCAAUGUGGGUACGUCAACUUUCACCGCAGCCGUUGCCGCAAAGAAGUGGGAUAUUUUGCGGCUCUUGUUGUUACGAUCUGAUCGCGAAGUACAGGGGCUAACGGAUCGCUACUUGUGUGGAUACCUUUCUUCACCGCGUGAUGACGCCUUCACUGUUCCGGAAGUCCGACCUUUUCUGUUGGACUUUGUAGAGGACAAAUCCGGAGCCAGCCUCGACCUCUGCGAGCUUAUUUUCAAGGAGUAUCCAGCUGUUGCGAAAGAUGUGCGCGUCCUACUGGAUCCGAUCUUGAUUCGGUCUCUCAUGUUUCACGCCUGGAAAUGCAGCUGCGAGCAAGAUGACCGAAACUAUCAACGUUGGGUGCGAAUGAUAGAGAAGACCGUCUCGAGUGCCAGAAUGGCACGCAUCGCGUAUGAGCCAGCGCUAGCAUCUUCCGGCGUAGAGUCAAGCAUUUCUAUGUGUCUGGCCGAGCGCGUGAUGCAGUGUGGACUCUCCUCUUCGUCCUCGGACAACCUUCAGAAUGAGGCGGAAGGUGAUAGUUCUUCGGAGAAGUUUAAUGGUGCAGCCUAUUGGCUCAACGUGUUGCAAGCCGUUAAAGACUCGCUUCCGACAAGUGCACAGAUAACAUGCUAUUCGGCUACUGGCAGUGGCGGUCCGAAGACUCCAGUGAGCGGGCAUCUCUCUCAGCAUCUGGGCAUUACCGUGUUGUUUUUUUUGAAGGAGUGGAGCACGCUGUACUGCAAGGCAGAUGCAGAUCUUGGGAAGGGGCGGCCUGCAGACGUUUCAUGCUCAUCGGGGACCUCCCCGAGGACAGCUGAAUUCUGGAUCUCCGCUGUAAAGAGGUUACACACUGAGACUGCGCCACGAUUUACAGAUAUCGAGACUUUGUCGCAUUCCUACUUCUCCAUGAGAGUUGUGGACGUUGUUCCUCCUGAGUAAAAGUUCUAGUAUAUAGACGGUCAGGCAUCUUAUUGUUCUUGAGGUCUUGUGAUUUAUUAUCAGCUCGUUCUCUCAGCUUCAAGGCUUAUUUUCAUACCGAACAUGGCAUUUGGAUGAUACGAACUUGAGAGGAGGAAAAUAAGCGUAAGCUAAUCAAUGGCCAGCCACUCAGGGGACGACUAUAGGUCGUAAUUCUAUAUAAUCGUCCGAAGGAUGAAUUUAAAUGAUGAAAAUGCAUAUGACUUUUGUUUCCACUACAACUCAUUCAGCAGCGUAGUUUCGUAAUGAAAGAAGGAUAGACUUAGAAGUGGACUCAUUCCUGAAAAAUUUGGACAUCUUUCUCAAUCUCAUUCCGUGAAAUAUCCCACUACUCUUAUUAUAUCUAAAAUUUUUACAAGCGAUUUCAUGAGCAUGUCAAUGUUACCUGCGAGAUUGGUGUUGUGCUUGUGGGCUAGUGCCUCGCGUUCUACUAAAUGGUGGUUAUUACAUUCAUCACUAAGCAAGAUCAUGCCCUUGGAGUGGUGGAUCCUAACAAGAACACACAAAAAAGAUCUAUGAGUACACUGGUCUGAAAAGACUGACACGAAAUUACGACUCACACCGACGGAUCAGACGAAGAUGAGUGAAUUGAAGGGGAGAAAGGAAGGAUGAAGAUCAGAGAGGAUCCGAGGGUCAGUUGUGAUCAACCGAGG